AUGCUUCCUUAUGUCAAGAUUUUCCAAAAAAAAAUAAAUAAAAAAGACAGAAUAGAAAACAGCGUCAUCACGAAGCGAGUACGAAGCACACUCGGCGCCAUAAUCCGUUUAAACUGCGUGGCAGCUGGAAUGAACAAUCAACAACAGUCCCGUGACGGCCAGCAACAGUCCCAACAACAAGGAAGCUCUCUCAUCCUGGGUCCUAACAGAAAACGAUCCUAUUCCUCGGACGAUGGUGACAACAACAUCAAUUCAACUAGCAACAAUGCUAAUGCCCAGAGUGGGGCACCUGGAGGUACCCCAACGUCCACUUCUACUCAAUCCUCUUCUUCUACGACUUCUGUCUCUAUUUCUGACGGUGGCGAUAAUCGGAGGACAAGCCGUCGGAAGAAAGCAAGGGUGAGUGAACCGGUUGAGUACAAGGAAAUGGACGAGCAAUUAGCAAAUCUGUCUGAAGAAGAAUACGUCUCUGAAGAAGAAAAAGAAAAGAAAAAUGAAAAGGAGAAGGAAAAGAUGAAAGUAGAAGAGCCAGAAGUGGAAAGUGAGAAUGAUGACCCAACAGUUGCAAUUUCAGGACUAGAAGGUGCUGCCUUCCAGAGCCGACUGCCUUAUGACAAAAUCACUUCCCAAGAAGCAGCUUGCUUUCCUGACAUUUUACAAGGCCCACCAACAGCACAGAAAAUCUUCCUCUACAUUCGCAAUAGACUGCUUCAAUUAUGGUUAGAAAAUCCCAAACUGCAAAUAACUGUAGAGAAUUGUCUUCCUCAGAUUGAACCCCCUUACAACAGUGAUGGUCCAUUAGUGAUGAGAAUUCAUGCUUACCUUGACCGAUAUGGUUACAUCAAUUUUGGUGUUUUCAAACGACUCAAACCUUUGCCAGUCAAGAAGCAUGGCCGUGUGGUUAUCAUUGGAGCUGGAAUGGCUGGCCUGACUGCAGCAAGGCAACUGAUAUCUUUUGGCAUGGAUGUUACAAUUCUGGAAGCUCGAGAUCGUGUUGGAGGCAGAGUGGCUACAUUCCGUAAAGGCAAUUAUGUUGCUGAUUUAGGAGCAAUGGUUGUUACGGGUUUAGGAGGCAACCCAAUUACUGUGUGCAGCCGACAAAUCAACAUGGAGCUUCAUAAAAUCAAACAAAAAUGUCCUCUUUAUGAGAGUAAUGGAGCAACAGUUCCUAAAGAUAAGGAUGAAAUGGUAGAGAGAGAAUUUAAUCGUUUGUUGGAAGCCACAUCUUACCUUUCACAUCAGUUGGAUUGUAAUUUCAUUAAUAACAAACCUUUAUCUCUGGGACAGUCUUUGGAAGCUGUCAUCAAAUUACAAGAGAAACAUGUUAAAGAGAAACAAUGUGAACAUCAGAGAAACAUUAUUGAACUUCAAGAAAAACUAAAGAAAAACCAAACAGCGAUGCUGGAAUGCAAAGAGAAAGUCCAAGAAUUACAUCGACAGUGGAAGACGGCCUCUGAAGUGAAGAGUCCCCGAGAUAUCACUGCUGAAUUUUUGGUCAAAAGCAAACUCAGAGAUCUCAAUGCUGCCUGCAAAGAAUAUGAUGUUCUUGUUACACAACAAAAAGAAAUAGAAGAAAAACUUCAGGAACUUGAAUCUCUUCCCCCCAGUGAUGUCUACCUGUCUUCACGUGAUCGUCAGAUACUUGACUGGCAUUUUGCCAAUCUGGAGUUUGCCAAUGCCACACCACUGUCCACUUUAUCUCUCAAACAUUGGGAUCAAGAUGAUGGCUUUGAAUUUUCUGGUAGUCAUCUAACAGUCCGAAAUGGUUAUUCUUGUGUUCCUAUGGCUUUGGCUGAAGGCUUAGACAUUAAACUUAACACUGCUGUUCGACAAAUCCGUUAUUCUGCUACAGGUGUUGAAGUGACGACGACAAAUGCACGCAACAGCAGCAACCCAAUGACUUACAAAGGAGAUGCUGUCCUUUGCACUUUACCCUUGGGUGUGUUGAAAGAUUGUGUGCUGCGAAGCAAUGGUGCCAACACUGUCCAGUUCUCGCCGUCAUUGCCAGACUGGAAGACGGCAGCAAUACAAAGACUUGGAUUUGGAAACUUAAACAAGGUGGUGUUGUGUUUUGACCGAAUGUUUUGGGAUCCCAAUGCCAAUCUGUUUGGCCAUGUCGGAAGCACCACAGCCAGCCGUGGGGAGCUGUUCUUGUUUUGGAAUUUGUAUAAAGCACCAGUGCUGCUUGCCCUUGUGGCCGGAGAAGCAGCAGCUAUCAUGGAGAAUGUCAGUGAUGAUGUUAUCAUUGGUCGAUCAAUUGCUGUUCUCAAGGGUAUAUUUGGAAACAAUGCUGUGCCCCAGCCUAAAGAAACCUUGGUAACCCGAUGGCGAGCUGACCCUUGGGCUCGUGGUUCUUACUCUUAUGUUGCUGCUGGUUCCUCUGGUAAUGAUUAUGACUUAAUGGCAACCCCAGUGUGCCCAAACCCAGCUGUGGCAGGUGGCCCUCCUCAGCCUGGAAACCUCCCCAGGCUCUUCUUUGCAGGAGAACACACAAUUCGUAACUAUCCAGCCACUGUUCAUGGAGCCCUCCUCAGUGGUUUCCGUGAAGCUGGACGUAUUGCUGACCAGUUCCUGGGUGCUCCUUAUGCCCUCCCUCAGAGGCCACCUGUAGCAGCACAUGUAGCCUAG